AAGCUAACAGUCUACAACUGAAAUAACCAAUUGAACUCCAUAAAUCAAAUAAGUUUUUUCCCCUCUUUGGAAGAGAGAAAAAGAUGGCGCAAUGUCAAUGGCAAUUGAACUUUCAGAAAGAAAUUUCAUGGAAAUGCAGAGUCUCCAUUAACAGAGCCACAAGAAUUUGCUGUUUCCCAAAAAGAUUGUCCAUUGCUGAGUGUUGCAAUCGACAAUCUAUUCCACUUCCAUUAACAACAACAACAAGAAGAAGAUCAAGGGAUAAAGUGAAGUCACAAAAGAGCGAUGAGUACGAAACGAAUGAUUUAUGGAAAGUGAGAAGAGUAAUUGAGAGUGAAGAAGAAAUGAUGGAAGUUGCUGCUAUUCAAACUGAUGCCUUUUAUGAACAUCGACUUUACUCCAAUGAUUUCUUCUUUCAAUUCUUUAAGGUUGAACAAUUCUCAAAUCUUUAUUACAGACUCAAGCAUUAUGCACCAGACAGGUAUGCAUGUUUAGUCGCGGAAGCCGUCUCAAGCGAUGAGGAAGAAUAACAUCUUGUAGGAGUCAUUGAUGCUACAGUGAAAGAAGAUAAAGAUAUCCUUCACUACAUUCCAUUAGCAACAAAAUAUAUCUAUAUUUCAGGGGUUGCUGUAUUGAACAAAUUCAGGAGGCAGAAAGUUGCAACUGCUUUGCUUAAGGAAUGUGAUGUUCUUGCAAGUGUUUGGAGUAUUGAAUAUCUAGUCCUAAAGGCAUACGAGGAUGAUUUUGGUGCUCGAAAAUUAUAUACAAAUGCUGGUUAUAAACUAGUUUCAGACGAUGCUCCAUCGAAGACAAAGUGGAUUCCUGAAAGAAGACGAGUUCUUAUGGUUAAACAAGUCUUACAUAAAUCAACGACUCAAUAGUUUCGGUAUGAAAUUAGAAUUCUGUAAAACUGUAUUUGCUGAAUCUUGUGAUAAAUUCAGAGUUACAUAGCUAAUAACAACUGCGGUUUUCUAUCAAAUACAGCACACAUAAAAAGUGUAUUCAUAUGUUAGAGUUUGAUAUUGUUGCAGUAACUUGUUUACUGAUUAGUGUGGCUAAUAAUUGCAAAAUAGGUGACAUAAUUUGACACAAUCGUCGAAAAUGAAAGUCAUAAAAAGACACUCUACUGUUAA